UUUUUCCUCAUACGACUAUGUUUAGUAAGCGACAGAAAGAAGUACGAGAUCGGGCUAGAGCAAGCCUCGAAGAUAUUAUCGCCACCGUCCAUAGAUCUCUUGAAACUUUCGUUAUCCUUACGACUUUACUCUCCCAUAGUGCAGUUAUUUCAGCAGAUCGCCUCGGACUAUGCAAUGCCGUGCAGAGCAUUUUUCGACAUUCAUGGCAUGAGAGGGUGUGAUGUCGAGGGACUUGAAAGUGCCCUGAAAUCCGCUCAUGAAAGAGACAUCCCGCCAUUACUCUCCAUUGAUCAUGAGCUUAAUAUUGGGGAAGGAGCGGAAGUGGUCGCAGUGAUCUACGGGGAGAUCGGUACGCAGGAGUGGUUGCAACUUCAUUCCAAAACAGUCGAAUUGGCCUCUGCACAAAGGAUUCGAUACGUUUUGAGGCAUUACAAGCCUACUGGAACUCACAUCGCUAAAGUUUCAUUGUCGGGAUAUGGAGUAGAGUUGGCUAUCAAGAACACCGAGUACAAAGCUGUCGAUAUUGGUGCGAAAAAGAAAAAGGAUAGCCAUGACGAGGAGAAUUUCCACGGUUUCAAUAUCAAGCUACUCAAGUAG